GAUUGGACCAAAAUUGACGUGCUUCUCGCGUAGUCUUAAUACUCAGAGUGAAUUUACGGAUAAUGAGUAAAUCAAACCAUUCCCGAGUUAAAAGAACUUAUCGCAAUCCUUUGUUAGAAGGAGUACGGUGGACCGAAUAUUAUUCGAAACAGUUAACAAAAGUGUGGACUAUUUUACCAGAAUAUUUAAAAAAUCUUAUAAUUGCAACAGCUGUAUUUGUAUUAGCUACAACACUUAAAGGUGAUUGGAUCGUAAUCUUGGUGCACUUGCUGAAACAAUUUCGGUCCGAAAUUCCGUCGAGCGCUGACGAUGAUUCGCAUUCAACCGUUCAGACGCGCUAUCACCUGGAUGAUUUGUCGUAUUAUAUAGUAGCUGCUGUAUUCGGGUCUUACCUUAUCUACUUCGCAAUUGGUGGAUUUAUUCACUGGUAUUUCUAUGUUUGCCGUCGGGAUAAAGCUCACGAAUGGAAAUGUCAGCCGGAAAAGUUUCUCUCCCCAGAGUUGGAGCUUCAUGAGAUAAUGGUUGGAGCUUCGUCCUUGCUCAUCGUCAGCAUUUUAUCCGGUGUAAUUGCUUGCUAUGCAAUGAAUAAUGGUAGCAUGCUUACUAUCUAUUACGGAUGCAGCGAGUAUGGUUGGUUCUGGUUUUGGUUUCAAUUUGUUGCAAUAUUCGUCUAUCAGGACUACACAACCUACUGGGUUCAUCGAAUAUUCCAUUGGCCAUGGUUGUACAAAAAUUUUCACAAACUGCACCAUACCUACAAGCAACCGACGGCCUUCUCUGUAACGGCCAGCCAUCCUGUGGAGAUUAUUUUUACUCAGCUUGUAAUGCUCAUUCCGAUUGUCACCGUUCCUGUCCACUGGGCACCGUUCUACAUCGUUGUGGUCUAUGCUUACUGUCAUGGGAUUUUGGGUCACUCCGGUGUUAAUUUCAAGUCCUUCUGGUGGCAGCCAUGGCAGCCGGAUACAAUCUUCCAUGACAAUCAUCAUCAGUACUUCCACGUCAAUUUUGCUUUCAAUAUUUACUACUGGGACAUACUGCACGGGACGUAUCGCCAGAAAGACCGGGUUUACUCGGAAAAUAUUUUCUACGGGCGAGGCAAAAAGCUAGACGAAGUAUCGAAGGAAGUGCUGCAGACAGACAUUAUGGAGAGGAAUCUGGAAAACCCACAAGCGUAUCGAAACAGCUUUCACCGGUAUAAACUUGACCAAAGCGAUCUAAGUGGGCUCACUGGGAACAGUAAAAUCAAAACAAAUUAAAUUUAAAGGAAACUGAUUCGUGCAGUCUUACCAAGAGUAAUCCGUUAGUUGUGGCAAUGUAGGCACGACCAUAUAGUUAAUCUUUAGGGUGAACAGUAUUUUCUUAGAAUGUUAUGCUAUGCAGUGCAAAGUAGCGAAAUAUAAAUUUGAUUUGUUUUAUUCAAAU